CAGCCCAAACGGGAACUGCGUCUUGUCGGCCAGCUGCGAGAAGUCGGCGGUGAGCAGCACCGAUGUCCCCUGGUGCAUGUCCACACGCGUGAUCUUCUCCGCAUGCGGAAGGAUGAAGUCGAAGCAGCCGAUGGUGUUGAGGGCCUGGUAUCAGGGUGAGGGGCCCGGAGAGCUCACGGGCGAAGAAUAGAAAAAGGCACCUCAAGCGUCGCGGCGUGGAUCACCAUUGCGCGCGAGGAGUUCUCCCCCGCUUCAACGGCGUCCACGAUGACCACAUCCUUGAUCCCUUGAUGAUACAGAGAGAGGGCAGCGGCCAUUCCACAGGGACCGGCGCCGACGAUUAGAACAGUAGUGCUCGCAGGUAAAGACAUUGUGUGUGCCAAGAUUGCAGGGAUGUUGUAUUGCAGAUACAGGCAAG